CGCUGUGAAAUUAACCGCAAACCUGAAUUAAAACACUGUCGGUUUAACCUCGUAAUUAAAGUUUCGGGCUGUCGGCACUGCAAGUUGUCGUAAUACGGCAUUUUUGUAGCAUUGUUAUUUGUUUAUGCGGAUCGUGGUGCAACCCCAACAAUGUUGAUUUGCCUUAAAAGCGAGCGCUGCGAAAGCAGACCGCUCAUUUCGAUCAAACCUACGAUGUCGGACGUUGACAACGGCUUCCCAGUCGACGAAGUUUGCUUGCUCGAUAUGGACGCUUGCUAUGAAACAUUUGACAAGGAUGGCGAUGGGCAGCUGAACUUCGACGAGUUCCGUCUGAUCUGCAAGGCGUUGUUUCGGAAUGAUAAGGGGCACAUUUACCCCCUGCCUGAGGACAAGGCGCGCCACGUCUUCCAGAUCUUUGACAAGAAUGAUGAUGGCUUCAUUGAUAAAGAGGAAUUCACCUUUUGUUGGAAUCAUUGGAUUAAAGUUAUCGUGCGUCCUGUGAGCGCCUUCCUGGUAGUGGAUGUGCAGAACGACUUCAUCUCCGGCACUCUCAACAUCAGCAAGUGCAACGCGCAACAAGAUGGCAGUGAGGUGGUGGAACCUAUCAACCGUCUUCUGGAGUCGGUGCCGUUCGAAUGCGUGUUCUACUCGCUGGACUGGCACCCGCCGGAUCACGUGUCCUUCAUUGACAACGUGCAUAUGCGCGAGCUCCAUGUCUCCAGUCCGGUGUCUGCGGACAAGGCGCAGGCGUAUGACACGGUGGUGUUCGCGGGACCUCCGCCCAUGAAGCAGCGUCUGUGGCCCAGACAUUGUGUGCAGGACUCCUGGGGCGCUGAGCUACACACCGACCUCAAGGUGGUAGAGGGUGCGGUGAAGGUGUACAAGGGCACCAACUCUGACGUAGACUCGUACUCUGUGUUCUGGGACAACAAGAAGCUGACGGACACCAACCUGAGCGUGCAGCUCCGCGCGCGCGGCGUCACUGACAUAUACAUCUGUGGACUGGCGUACGACGUCUGUGUUGGAGCAACAAUAGCUGAUGCGCUGGCCAUCGGGUACCGCGCGGUGCUGGUGGACGACGCCAGCCGCGGAGUAGACCUCGCUGACAUCGAGAAGACCAAGGCCACCAUUCUCUCCAACCACGGCGUUAUCGUGCACUCCGAACAAGUACUAUCCAUGGUGGAGGGUCGCGACCGCCGACCUGAGCUAGGCUACAAGCUCGCUAUGGAACUGAAGCACGCCAUGGAAGACCAGGAGUAGAUCCUCCUGGACCUCAGCAGCUCCCGAACCCUGGAGGCAAGUCAGUUCCUAAUCUCAGAGGUUCUUUUACAAAAUUGGUAAUUUUAUUUUAUAGCAACACUUUUAUGACACCGAUCUGUAUAAAUGGAUAGGUAUUUGAGAAUGACAGCUUUUGCUUCGUUCUGAUGUAAACUCGCCUGUUGGUGUUAAUUUCAGUUAAAAUGUCGUGUUAGUUCCGAUUCUCGCCACCGACAAUCAUUAGUGGCGUAAAUGAAAUAGGCAUAAAAUAUAACCUGUCCAUUUAUUGAGGUCAGUGGACUAUAUGUCCUGUUUAAUUUUGCUAUCGGAACACUAGUAAUUAUUUAGAAAAUAAUCUGAUUUAAGACGGAAAUAUGCAGUGCGUUUAAAUAAUGUGUAAACUUAAUAACUUAAAGUGAAAUAAUGAAAGCGAUAGCAUGAAAUGUUACGCUUUAUUCCUACUUAAUAGAUCUGAAUAUAAUUUAUUAAUUUAUGUAAAAUAAUUUAUUGGGAAAAUUAAAUUUAGUGACUUCUAUAUUUGGUCUGGAUACCUUAAUAUUUAUUGUGAUGUUUUUAAUUUUUUUUUUAAUUUGACCUCUGAGUAUUUAUUUAUUGUUUCGUCUGCUGGACAGAUUUUUGUUAUUUAUAUUUAUUUAAAUAGAAGAACUAUAUUAAAAUGCGUAAAUGACAAUACUUAGGAAAAUAUAUUGUCUAUGGUCGAUUUUGGCUUAUAUCCUAUUACUAAUGGGACUUUUUUUGCUGAUUGGUAGACAAAAGUACAAAAAUUAUAAGAAUUAUGCACCUCGUGUGAAAUUAGGUAGAUUUAGUCUAAUUAUGACAUUUAGAUUUAGAAUAGUUUAGGCAUUGUCUAUGACAUGAUAUCUUAUUUA